AUGGCCGGCGCACAGGGGCCUGCGCCCCCCGCGGCGGUCGUCAACGUGCUAAUCAUCGUGGGCAAGGGCGACGAGCUGUUGUACGAGGCCGACCUGAGCAGCGCGGGUACCCGCGAGGACAGCCCCCACCUCGACCAGUUCGUGGUCCACGCAGCGCUGGACAUCGUCGACGAGAUGGUCUGGACCACGUCCUCGAUGUUCCUGCGGGUCGUGGACAAGUACCAGGGCUUCAACGUGUCCGCGUUCUGCACCGCCGGCCACAUCAGGUUCAUGCUGCUCCACAGCAGCCGCAACGAGGAGGGCAUCCGCGCGUUCUUCGGGGAGCUGCACGACCUCUACAUCAAGGCGGUCAUGAGCCCCUUCUGCCCGCCGAGCAGCCGCGUGGAGUCCCCCGUCUUCGACCACCGCGUGCGCCUCGCGGCCCGCAAGCACUUCCGGGCGUGA